AUGAAUUCCCACUACUUAACUUUAAUUAUAAACUCCGGAGCAUUACUCACUAUUAUUGUCCUUCUCCCUCCUAUUAUUAUACCUAAACCAUCAAUAAUUCUCACAACAAAACUAGUAAAAAUCUCAAUAUUUAUUAGCCUUAUCCCACUAACUAUUUAUCUAAACGAAAAUAUAGAAACCACCCUAACUAUAAAGCCCUGAAUAGACUGAGCCCUAUUUAAUAUUGCCUUAUCCUUUAAAAUUGAUAAAUAUACUGUUAUCUUUACCCCUAUUGCUCUAAUAAUUACCUGAAGCAUUAUAGAAUUUUCACAAUGAUAUAUAGCAAAAGAACGUCAUAUAGACAAAUUUUUUAAAUAUCUCCUUCUAUUUUUAAUCACAAUAAUUACAUUCAUCUCUGCAAAUAACCUACUACAACUCUUUAUUGGUUGAGAAGGUGUAGGAAUCAUAUCCUUUCUUCUAAUUAGCUGAUGGUCAGGUCGAACAAAAGCUAAUAUCUCUGCUCUUCAAGCAGUAGCCUACAAUCGAAUCGGAGAUAUCGGGUUAAUAAUAAGUAUAGUAUGAAUAUGUUCUAACACUAACUCUUGAGAUCUGCAACAAAUUACAAUACUUCUAUCUGAUCAACAGUACCUUAUUCCAACCUUAGGAUUCUUAAUCGCAGCCACAGGUAAAUCAGCCCAAUUUGGUCUUCAUCCAUGACUUCCUGCAGCAAUAGAGGGCCCAACUCCUGUUUCAGCACUAUUACACUCAAGCACUAUAGUUGUUGCAGGAGUAUUUUUACUAAUUCGACUCCACCCUUUAUUCCAAAACUAUCCAUUAAUAUUAGAAAUAACCCUAUGUCUAGGAGCAAUAACCACCAUUUGUGCUGCCCUAUGUGCAACAACACAAAAUGAUAUCAAAAAAAUUAUUGCCUUUUCUACAUCAAGUCAACUAGGCUUAAUAAUAGUCGCAGUUGGUCUUAACCACCCUCACAUUGCCUUUCUCCACAUGUGUACACAUGCCUUUUUUAAAGCUAUACUUUUCUUAUGCUCAGGAAGUAUUAUUCAUAAUAUAAAUAAUGAACAAGAUAUUCGAAAAUUUAGCUGUUUAAAUAACAACUUACCUCUAACAACAACCUGUAUAACAAUUGGGUCCGCAGCACUAAUAGGCUUACCAUUUCUAGCUGGUUUCUUCACUAAAGACUUAAUUCUAGAAGCCCUAAAUACUUCCUAUACUAAUGCCUGAGCCCUAAUAGUUACUCUUAUAGCCGUUACAUUAACAACUGCCUACAGUUCACGCCUUAUUAUUAUAUCAGCCUCUGGUACACCACGAUACUUACCCCUAACCCCAACACACGAAAAUAAUUUUAUCAAGAACCCAUUAAAACGUUUAGCCUGGGGCAGCCUAAUUUCAGGACUAAUCCUUACAAGUACCCUCCCACCAAUAAAACCUCAAAUUUUUACAAUACCAACCUAUAUUAAAACUAUUGCUCUAAUAAUAUUUAUCAUUAGCCUAAUUAUUUCUAUAGAACUAACCAAUAAAAAAAUUAACCAAACUACAUUCUCCUUCUUUACUCAACUAGCAUUCUACCCCCAUAUUAUCCAUCGUUUAACAUCCCACCUAUCUUUAAUCUGAAGUCAAAAAUUAAUAACACAAGUAAUAGACGUAUCAUGACUUGAAAAAAUCGGACCAAAAGGUUUAGCUAAUCACCAACUUAAACCCUCCACUACACUAACAGAAGCACAUCACCUAAAUUCUGCCACCCUACCUUUAAUAGCCUUUGCCCUAACCUUAAUUACACUAAGUCUCACAGCUCGUAGA